UCUAACAAAAAAGACGUUAUUUUAGUCAUUUAAAUGUUUUGGGAACUCGACGCCCUUCUCUUCAGUAACCAAAAUUGAACUUUAUAUUUUUAAACAAAUAUAUCUAACCGACCCUAAUUAAAUUAUACUUCCAUCAUAUAUAUAUAUGCGUGCGUGUGUGUGUAGUUUAUGCAUUAUUAAAGAGAGUUCAAUAUUUUCCCUAAGAAGAAGACUACAAUGCAGGAGAACAGAUACAAUGGUGCACAUGAACUGGGUGGCAGAGGCGAGGAAUGUUACUUCGUUUUCAUGAAGUAUGAUCCUGAAUAUGAACGUCUUCGGGCUGAUCGAUGUGGGGAAGGGGCAGAUGAGCUUGAUGGGUACCUGAGUAGAAAGCACGAUGAGGUUCUGAGGAGGUGGUUGGAGCCUGGCAGUUACAGAAAAAUUUCGUCCUUUCUCAUCGUUGACGGGUUUUCAGUCGAGAUUAACGAACAUCAGGCAAAUGUGCUUAGAUAUGCAGAGGGAGUAAGGGUGGUGGAGAAGAAUCAAGACCAACCUCUCAUUAUCAAUCCAACAACAACUGAUUAAAGGUAGCAAUUAAAGGAGCAAGGCCAAAAAAUAAAUUAAAUAAUAACCAUCUUUCUAAUUUUCUAAAUCAAAUCUUUCUAUCUCUAUUGUCGCUGUACUCUUUUGUUUAGAAUAUGUUGAAUAAUUACAUUUAAUUAUUAUAGUCUAUAUAUAAAAUCUUAAUUUGCUACGUGUAACUCAA